CUGAACGUUUGGCACGGUCCUACAAUUCCCAGCGUGCAACACAGGGGCGGAAUCAAAUGAUAAUAGUAGGGAAGUUCCGACGUUAUUUUAUUUCACUUUCAUUUUCACUUCUUUUGCUGAGUAACUGCCAUAUCCGUUGAAUACUUUCUUACAUAAAGCGCAAGGAAAUACCUGUAUCUUUGCAAGUCCAUCAGUUAACAACGAUUUAGAUUAUCGAGAGAUUGAAAAGUGUAGACACCCAAAUUAUUUCCACGAUGAUGUCCAUGGAUAUGAGCCCAGAGUCAAAGACGAAGGUCGAUGGCUUUUGCAAAAGACUCACAUCCGAGGCAGAACACUUGGUCACGACAUUCUUCCCACAGAAGAUCGCAGAGAUGGACCAACUGCUCCAGUCCUCUCUCAGCCUGAACGACAUGGCAGCCCUGAAGGCUCCCCUUGACAUCCCCAUCCCAGACCCGGCCAAGGAGGAGCUCAAGAGGAAGAAGAAAGAGGAGAAAGAGGCAAAGGAAGGAAAGAAAGACAAGGAGGGUGACAAGGACAAGGAGGAUGAAGAUGCCGGUCCUCCGUGCGGCCCUAUUGGCUGUAACGAGAGGCUGGAGACCCUGCUGAAGGAGAUCAAGCCCCACAUCCAGACCCUCAAAGAGAAGCUCAACACGGUGUCCAUGUGGGUGCAGCUUCAGAUCCCCCGCAUUGAGGACGGGAACAACUUUGGAGUGGCAGUGCAGGAGAAAGUGUUCGAAUUGCUCACCAACACUCGGACCAAGAUUGAGGGAUUCCAGACACAGAUUUCUAAGUACUACAGUGAGAGGGGAGAUGCUGUGGCCAAGGCCUCCAAGCAGGCACAUGUGGGAGACUACAGGCAGCUGGUGCAUGAACUGGAUCAGUAUCAGUACUGCGAGCUCCGCAUCGUGGUUCUGGAGAUUCGCAACACAUACGCUGUGUUGUAUGACAUCAUCAACAAAAACUACGACAAAAUCAAGAAACCGAGAGGAGACUGCAAAGCACUCAUCUACUGAGAGAAAACACACACACACACACACACACACACACUGGAAAUGAAACAACUCUUCUUAUAUAUCUCUUUGUGGUGCCAUUUGAUCCUUUUACUUUAGCAGUGAGUACACGCAGUGCAGUCAUAUUCAAUUUCACAAACCACUCCACUGUAUCAAACGGCUUUAAUGUGAUUUACAAAAUAAACUAAAAUAAAAUUAUAAUUUUA